AUGAAUAUCGCUAAUCAGAUUGAUGGAAAGGCAAUUCCCUUCUUAAAUGACUACAAUACAAUUGAGAAGAAAGAUGACCAAACAUCGAGUCCUCCAAAGUAUCUGGCAAAAAUUAAAGAAAUUCGGUCACAGGGUUACCAGGGACCGCUUGGAAUUGGACUCGAGGGACACUUCGGUGCUCCGGACCUAGCUUAUGUAAGGACUUCAAUUGAUUUGCUUGCUUCCACAAAAUUACCUAUUUGGGUUACGGAAUUGGAUGUCUCUAGCCAGCCCAAUCAGGCCACGUACUUGGAUCAAAUAAUAAGGGAGGUUCGGGGACAUCCAGCCAUUCAAGGGCUACUAAUCUGGGCUGCAUGGUCUCCUCAGGGAUGUUAUAGAAUGUGUUUGACGGACAAUAACUUCAGAAACCAUCCAACAGUGGACGUUGUUGACAAGAUCAUCAAGGAAUUGAAGCAUGAGGAUUUGAUAGGCACUACAGACGAUGAGGCCCAUUUUGAGACUUCACUUUAUCAUGGAGAUUAUGAAGCUAUAAUAAGUCAUCCAGCUAUGACGAGUUCAUCCUCCUCAGUGGGAAUCAAAUUUAAUGUGGCUCCAACAACAAACCAGGAAACUUUGGAUGUCAAGUUCUCCUCCAUCAGCUUUUCUUGA